AUGCUUGUGAUAAAACGAUGUAAACAACAUGACCGAUCUCCAACUCAAUCAUCUUCAUCAUCUCAUAGACUAUUUGCAGAUUAUCCUUAUCCGACAUUAACUAAACUUGAAAAAACAUGUGAACAACAACAGAAACUAUAUAAUCAUUCUCAUACUCCAAUAUCUUUACGACGAUAUAAAGAUUAUUUAAACAAAAUGUUAAGCACAUUAAAUAGUCUGCAUCAUCAUAAUUCUCCAAUAUCAACUCCAGAACAAAUUGUUCAGCAAACAGAUAUUGAUAGAUAUUUAUCAAAAGCUCAUGUUAAUAAUUCACAACAAAAAAACAGACCAACUGAUAAUAAACAAUUAUUUGUUAGUUCAACAAAUUCAAUGAUACAUGUUCACAAUGGACAAAACAAUGAACAAGAUGUAAAAGGACAAAAUAUAACAAAUUUGGAUUAUCAUAUUAAUUAUAAUAAAGGUUGA